AUGUUGGAUUUGUUAAUGCUAACUGGUGCUGACAGCGGCCCUUUGAAUUCUCUCAAAACUGAGUCAUCCUGUACUCUCCAAUCUGUUUUGCAAGAAAAAACUGCCGUAUCUCCCUCUUUUGUUUCAGGAUAUGCUGGAAAGCACAAUAUCUUGCCCGUUUUCGACUACCUCGUAAAGCGGAUUCGUGCUGUUGACAGGGAGAAAUUCAUCUUCUUUGAAAGCGUCACCUGGAGCGUUCUUGGCACACAGAGCUACGGUGGUAUUUUUGGCGCGGGAUUCGAUCACGUGCCUGGAGCGCUGGAAGAUCCCACAGAGCCAACCAGAAGUGUCCUCUCCUACCACUACUACUGCCCGCUUACGCAACUGUCCAACCCAGCUGAUGAUUUUCCCAAUUGGAAGCGCGUACUUUGCGAUGAGGUGACAUUCUGUUUUUGGUUCAGUGCAUUUUGGCAGCAAAUGUCAGUAAAGUUGUGUCGAUAA